UGCAGUCUGCCCGCCAUAUUUGUUAAAAACGUAAACGGAAAAAAGAGAGCGGCAGUUUUUAUCAUAAGUUCUGUCGAAGUACGGUGAGCGAAUCUGUUUUCUAUUUAGUUAUGUGAUUUCGUGUGUAAUUUGAAAAUUUCUAAUCGAUAUAGCCAAAUAGAAGUUUUAUGCAAUGGCUUCGCCAACGGAAUUACAAAGGCCGUUUCGACUUUAUGUGACCCAUGUGGAUGGAGAGGGUCAUUUUCUGAAGAUAAGCGGCCAGCUCGACCAACAGUCUUCGUUAAUGGUGGAGAGCCUAUUCGAAUCGGCUCGCGAAAACUUGGAAAAGGGCAUUGGCGUAGUUCCUCCGGCAGCUAUCCAUGAAGGUGUAAUAUGUGCCGCCAAAUACAAAGAUGGAACAUACUACAGAGCGAAGAUAAUAAACACGACGAAUCUGUCUACCGGUUUAGUGGGCGUGCAUUUCAUAGACUACGGUAACAAAGACAUUAUUUCUCUCAGUGCUAUACGAUUUUUGGACAAGUAUGAUCCGAUGUUUCUUCAGCUUCGGGGCCAGGCGACUGACUACUACCUAAGUCGCAUUAUGCAUCCCUCCGGCCGCUGGGACGAGCCGCUGCUGCUCAAACUUCAAAGCUUGUUGUGUUAUGCAGAAUACCCUGCUACUGUUGAGGGCCAAACCCGCACACUGCCCAUUAUUUCCAUACAAUUCAAGGGAAACGAUUUCUCAACACAUCUUGUUUCGAACAGAUUUGGUAUAGCUGUGCCAGUAGCAAAACAAGAAGUGCUGAUGCUGCAGCCCGUGGGAACUGAGGGCCAACAAGGGCUAAACUGGGCACCAAAUUUGAUAUCUGAUUCAACACUGUAUGCUGAACAUGUACCAUUUCUGAUGAACCAGAACUUCCCAUAACCUGCGUCUGCAAUGAGAUUGCAGCAGAAUGCCAGUGUGCCCUUCAAUGGUGCUAUAGUGCCUCCACCAUCAGCCAUUAGCCAGAGGCUGCUAGUCAAUAAGGCUUCAAGAGGCCCAGUGAACCUUAAAGCGCCUAUAAGACAGCCCCAAGUGGCUCUAAACUCUCCACCUGUCCAAAUAUCCACCCCUCCUUCAGCAGCUCCAGCUCUUAACAAAAGUUUGUCCCCCAAAAAGUCAGCUACUUACAAGAGUCGCCUAUUAGAAGUCAAUACACAGCACAAAGUGUUUGUGUCAUUUGCAGAGGAGGGACCAGAGCUCUUUGCAGUGCAGCUAGUGACAGAUGCUAAGAAACUUCAAGAUAUGAUGGAUGACAUAAAUAAAAGGCCACAUAGUAGCCUCACUGAGCCUCCCAUGAUAGGAACGGUAUGCUUGGGCAGAAUGUCUGGAGACCGAAUCAUUUGCCGGGCAAUAGUCAUGAACCUAUCAGGUUCACAGUGCAAACUAUUCUUUGUAGACUUUGGUGAUACAGAAAUGGUAUCUUACUAUGACAUAUUUGACAUCCCAGAAGAGUUUGUCAAGCCUAAUGUAUUUGCUAUGAGAUUCUGCUUAUCUGGUGUGAAGAAGUUGCAGAAGGGGCCAUACUUGAAUGAGGCAUUUAAGCAACUUGUGAAUGGGAAAGUGAUGACUCUGCGAGUGGUUGCUCCGGAAGGUCCCCCAUUAAUACAGUAUGGAGAACUGUACUUGGACAACAAGAAUGUGUUAGACUUGCUGCUAGCCAAUGUCAAAGACAAGCUUCAGUUCAGGUGGAUGGAAAUGCUUCCAUUAGGCAGCAGAGCCUCUGUACUGGUGUCAUAUGUAGACAGCUGCAUUAAAUUCUAUGUCCAACUAUCAGACAAGAUUGAUGACUUGACUGCUGUGAUGGAAGCGGUGAAAGUCCAUUGUGAGGGCACCUCAUCCCCUGGAGAGUUACCUGUGGGUACAGCUUGCUGUGCCAGGUUCCCUGAUGAUGGCAAAUGGUACAGGGCCAAGGUUCUUGGGAGUAAUAACAAAAGAAUCCUUGUGGCGUAUGUGGACUAUGGCAAUGAGCAAGAAGUUAAUGUUUCUGAUCUGAGAACCAUUACUGCAGACCUGCUAAAACUGCCAGCACAAGCCAUGAAAUGUGCCUUGAAAGGUUUUGAGAACAAACCAGUGGAAAGCAAGACCUCGAACCAGCUUGAAAUGCUGGCAUUAGAAAAGACGCUGACUGCCAAUGUAGUCGGAGUCCUGUCCAGUGACACCAUGCUGGUAUCUCUAGUGGAUGACACAAACAACCCUCCCCUGGAUGUAGCUAGGAAGAUGAACCAGCUGUCGCAGCCUAGAAGCAAUGUUGAGACUAAACCAACCACGCCAGUGAGUAAAGCGGCCCCAGACCAGUUCAGCUCGCCAGAAAGCGAUCACGGCAAAGGAUUCAAACGAGAAAAGAGCUUCAGAGAAGACCGACCAAGGGAGGAUGACGACUUCGGGCAACGCGGUGGCAGCUUCCGAAACAGAGACAGAGAGCCGUUCGAUCGAUCGGGGCCGGGCCGGAAUAGUGACAAAUUUGGAGGCAGGCCGGAUAAGGGAGAAAGACGAGGUAAGCCAUGGGAGAACAACGCGCCGGCGCCGGCGCCAGCAGCGGCGGCCGGCGACGACUGGGAGGACGCCCCCGCCGCGCCCGCGCCCGCGCCGCGCCCGCACUUCCGCGACAGGGACAACCGGGACAACAGAAGAAAGCCUAGAGACAACGACAAGGGUCCAAAGCCUGGUUGGAAGCACAAGGACAGCUCAGGAGUCGGCAAGAGGCUCAAACAGGCUGCCGAAGCGGCCUCAGCCGACGCGCAGAAGGCGAAGGGGUCUAUACAGGACCGGCUGAAACGUGACAAUAAAUUCAACAAGCAAGACGAAUGGGAGGAGAAGAAAGACGACUGGGGCAGCGGCACACAGAACCGCAACGACCGCUUCGGGCAAAACAGAGGCGAGCGCCGAGACUGGGGCGAGAAGAAAGACUGGAACCAGAAGCGCGACUUCCGAGACAGGGGAGAGAACAGCCGGGGAGAUAGGACGAGGAGUAACUUCACACCCCGUGACCGCGCUGACCGCUCCUUCGGCUCCGACACCGACAAACACUCAGACAGAAGCUUCGGCCGCGCCGGCAACAAACCCCGCAGCAAGUUCACACAAGUGCAGUACAAGGAACUCCCCGAUCCCGUCCCGCUAGAGUCCCGCUUCGAAGAACCCAACAUCGAACCCGAAGCGCAACACGAGGUGUCCGUCACCUGGAUCAUAUCCCCGAAGAGCUUCUACACGCAAAUCAUGUCCCUCCAACCCAAGUUCCUGGACAUGAUGCACAAAAUACCAGAAUUAUACAAGGGCGUCAGAUCCUACUCAGGAAACGUGCCUGUUGGCGCGUCAGUACUCGCCAGGUACCCUGCCGAUGGAGUCUUGUAUCGAGCUACUGUCGUCUCUGUACAACCAUUCUCCAAAUUCAUAGUCCAGUACAUUGAUUUUGGGAAUAAGCAACUAGUUGACGCUAAAGACAUUUGGCAAUUGGAUAGACAGUUACUAGAGCUGCCUAAAAUGGCGAUACAUUGCUCUUUGAUCGGCGUAUCGCCGAUAGACGGCGAAUGGAAGGCCAACCCCGAGAUAGACUUGUGUUUCAACGCGCCGCGGUACCAGUGCGUAUUCCAGGAGUGUGUGGAAGAACAGUAUCAGGUGUCGCUGUGGAACAACGGGGCCAGUGUCACGGAUAUGCUGGUGGAGAAACAGUUGGCUGCAUUGUCGGAGCAGCAAUCUUCUGUUGCACUUAAAGACGAGGCAAUAGACCUGACCAUCAUAGUGGGCCAGCAGAUCCCGUGCCGCGUGACUCACUUCGAGUCUUACGAGAAGUUCUAUGUGCAGCUCGAUCUAGAGAAGGCGGAGCUGGUUGAAAAAGCCAUCGCAAACUUUGACGUCAACUUGUUGACGCCACUAACACAAGACACCCUAACGGACGGCGUCCACUGCACAGUGAAGCACGAAGGUAAAAUCUAUCGUGCCAUCUUGAACGACGCGUCGGACGCGAACAACGUCCUUGCCGUGUUGCCCGACUAUGGCAACACUGUCACCACAUCAUUGGCCAAUUUGAUGAUCCUGCCAACGGAACUGAGCGUAUACUACUACCAGUCCCUGGAGUGCUGCCUGAACAACUACACGGCGGAAUCCAACGUCCUGAUGCCGCUCGAAGAGCUCAAGACGACCCUGACUGGAAACAAGUUCAUCAUAUACGUUGACAGCGUAGAGGGAAUACGUUUGGUAACCACCUUAUACGACAUCAAUACGGGCAAGAAGCUCGCCAUCUUCGAACCUGACGAAGGCGCCUUUGAAGACGUCGUCACGCUCUGCGCGCGCACUGUCUUCAACUACAACUUUGGACUGUGCAGCGUGCAGCAUCUAGAGAAUCUCAAUGAGAUAUAUCUGCAGAAGACUGCUGACAUCGACAAGGUUCAGCAGCUGUUGGACAGGCUUUAUGCCUUCUAUGAUGAAGGCACACCCGAGCCACUCGAGGAGUUCGAACCUGACACGCUGUGCGCGGUCAAGUCGUCCGACGGCAACUGGUACCGCGCCACCGUCGUCAGCGCCACCGACGCCGACGCCACCGUGCAGUUCCCCGACUACGGCAACUCGGAGACCGUCGCCAAAGAUGGCGUCAAGAAGCUGGACAAGUCCUUCUUCGAGCCCUGCGCUCAGGCGCUCGUCGCGAGCCUGGGGCUGCUCGCGCUCACCGACGACGCGGUCGCCAAGCUGUCCGAGUGGACCACGGACAAGGACGUGCAAGUCACGCUCGCGUUCGGCACCGACGGCUGGCUCGCCAGUCUACACCUCGACGGGGUGGACCUGUCCAUGAAACUGGUCAACGAGAAGCUCGCCACCCCGCAGGUGACCGCCGAGGAGGAGCCCGCGCCCGAACCCGCGCCGGUCGUCGAGCCCGUCGAGCCCGUGUCGCUGCCGCCCGGCUGCACGCAGGUCUACAUCAGCCACAUCGACAGCCCCGGACACUUCUGGCUCCAGAUGGCCGACAAGGUCGACAGGAUCGACGAGAUCCAGGCCGAGCUCGCGGCCGACGCCGACAAGUACGCGGACCUCGAGACGCGCGAGAUGGGCACGCUCUGCGUCGCCAAGUACUCCGCCGACGACCUCUGGUACCGCGCCGAGGUGCUCGACCUCGACUCCGACAUCACCACCGUGCGCUUCAUCGACUACGGCAACACCGACGUGCUCGACAACUCGCCCGGCCUCAUCAAGGCCAUGCCGGAGAGCCUGCGCGGCGUGGAGCCGCUGUGCGUGCGCUCCAGCGUCAACGCCGUGCCCACCGGCACCGGCCAGUGGACCGAGGCGGCCGGCGACAGCUUCGAGGCGCUCGUGGGCGACACGGCGCAGCCCGUGGACGCGCUCGUCGUGCUCAAGGACGUCACCACCUACGUGGACCUGUUCGUGGCCGGCCGCAACCUCACCGACCGACUGGUCGCCGCAGGACACGCCGCGCGCGCCGAGCAGCCCACCGAGUGCGGCGACCUGCCCUCGUGCUUCGCCAGCCACGUCAACUCGCCCUCCGAGUUCUGGGUGCAGCUCGAGUCCGCCACCGCCGAGCUGCAGGCCAUGGAGGCCGCCAUGGAGGACGCCGAGAACCUGCCCGAGCUGCCGUCCCGGGAGGAGGGCGUGCUGUGCGCCGCCGAGUACCCCGAGGACGGCGCCUGGUACCGCGCGCAGGUCAUCGUCGACGGCUCCGAGGGCACCGAGGUGCUGUUCAUGGACUACGGCAACGCCUCCAUCGCCACCGAGCUGCGCAGCCUCCCGGACGAGCUCAAGCUGAAGCCGGCGCUGUCGCGCAAGUGCGCGCUGCAGAAGCCGCGCGACAUCAAGGCGUGGUCUCGGAAGUCCGAGGUGAAGUUCAACGAGCUCGCCGCCGAGGGCCGCACCAUCUUCAACGUGCAGUUCAUCGCGUCCGGCGACAUCUCCAUCGUGGAGCUCUACCUCGAGGGCAAGUCCGUCACGGAGGAGCUCGUGAGCCUGUGCGAGCCGCAGCCGUCCGCCGAGCGACCCUCGCCCGUGGGCCAGGACCUGCGCGGCGUCGGCAAGCUGUGCUACGUGCACGACCUCGACGAGUUCUACGUGCACCUCGAGGACAAGAACCCGGACUUCGACAGGGUCACCGAGGCGAUGGGCGACGCGGCCGACUUCGAGUCGGCGGCCGAGCUGAAGGUCGGCUCCGUCUGCGCCGCCUUCUGGGCCGAGGACGAGGAGUGGUACCGCGGCAAGAUUCUAGAAUUCUGCGACGCGAGCUACCACGUCCAGUUCCUGGACUACGGCAACAAGGCCAAGUGCGAGGAGUUCCGGCAGCUGCCCGCGCAGCUGGCGGCCGUGGCGCCGCUCGCGCGCCGCUGUCGCCUCGCCGCGCCCGCCGGGGCCGACGUCGGCGCCGCGAGGAACAAGCUCGACGAGCUCAUGGCCGACGACACGACAUUCCACAUUGAAUUCCUAGACAGCGCUUCGGAGCCGGCGCUCGUCAAACUCAUCCUUAACGGGGAGGAUGUCAGUACUAUCCUUUUUGGCUCGAGACCGAGUGAAGUAGAAAAAGCGGAAGCCGGACCUGAAACUGCCGCUCCUGAAAAUAUUGAAGUUCCGAAAGAGACUGCCUCCGCCGAAACGGAAGCGCAGCCCGAACGAACCGAUGAGGAAGUUAAAAAAUCUACUGAAUCGGAGCCUUUAGAAGCGGCCAUACCUGUUGAAACGCGAGAAGUGGACUCGUCUAAAGCGGGCGAACGGGAAGUUACCGAAUCAGUAUUAGUAGGUGAUAGUAAAAAGAAAUCCGAAGUUCAUACCGAAAAAGAGGCCGAGGAUGAAGAUAAGUUUGAGGAUGCCAACGAGCUGGACUCGUCGCAUCCGGAUCUGGACGAAAGCUUAGAAAGUAAUCACACAGUUAUUGAGAACAAAUCCUUUGAAGCCAACCCCGACAGUUUAAAUGACUCCGGCGACCAUAAAACGAUACUAGAGUCUCCUAAACAGGACACUUCAUCUUCCACCCUGGAGAGCUCCAAUGGAACUAUCAAAACUCCAGAAAAAGACAAUUCGAAGGAUUCUAUAAAUACAGAUGCUGGCUACACGAGCAGUGAUUGCACCAAAGACGGAUCCCCAAUGAAGGAACCCAGUAAGGUACCAAUUAAAUUGGAAUCAGAUAUAGGAGAAACAGUAUCAGAGCUUAAAACUCAAAACUUGGUAUCAGAUUUAGAUGUAGAAAAAUCAAAGGUAGAACUCAAAAAUGAAUCAAAAGAGAACAAUAUUGAACCUAGCGUUAAAUCAAAUGACGUCAGUAAAGUCGAAGAAAUUAAAGCUAUCGACUAACAGAUAUAUUUUUAAAUUA